AAAUGCGUUUCCUCAGUGAAUACGAUGGCUGAUGCCUCUCGUUCAUUCUUCUCAUUGAAUCACAACAUCCCACUCAAUGGAUAAAAUUAUUAUCGUUGGAGCUGGGCUGGGUGGUUUACUCUUGGCCUUUUUACUCGAAAAGGCCUCUCUGGACUAUCUAAUCCUAGAACGUAUGACUACCUCAACAAUGCCUCUUGAAGGUGGAGGCGUGAUCCCCAUCACAUCUCAAAUCCAACCGCUGCUCCAACAGCUCGGCCUACUUGAUGCAUUGAAACAGCUUGCGAAACCAGUCAGUCAUAUCUCUGUUUAUGAAGCUAACCAAGAGCAAAAAGGCAAAAUCUUAUGCAAUAAGCUGGGCGCAAUUGACAAGACCGUUUCGUUUUCGAGAUAUGGUUACUACACACUAGUUAUCUCUAGGCCAGAACUGUAUAACCACCUGGUGGGUCAACUUCCUAAGGAGAAACUGCUCUUUGGAAAACAAGUCGAAAACAUUGUUAUCAAUAGCACUCGUGAUUCAAAAGCAACCUGUGUUUGCACAGAUGGUUCGAGCUAUCAGGGAAUCAUCAUUGGCGCAGAUGGUGCAUAUAGCAAUGUGCGGUUGAGCCUCUAUCGACAGUUGAAAGAAUGCGGUAGACUACCUGCCCAAGAUCAUAAGCCAUUGCAGUAUCAGUAUCGAUCCCUUGUCGGAAUGACUCAACCAUUAGAUCCAGAUCGAUUUCCUGUGGUCAAAGCAGAGUAUUCUGAAAUCCAAGUGCUGGUGUCGAAAGGUAGCAGACCCUUUUCGUGCUGGUGUGUCCCAAUGACCAGGAACAGACUGUGCUGGUUGCUAGAUGAGGAACUACCCGGGCCCAUUGAUUGCCCUGAGGUAGAAGACUGGAGUGAUAUGAAAGAGACCAUUCAGAUGACGUGCGAAAAGUUCCGCGCAUUGCAGAGUCCCUUAGAGAACACUUUAAUGGGUGAAUUGUUUGAUUUAACACCCGAAGGAACGAUGCUCUCACUUCCACGCGAAGAGGGAUUUCAUUUUACAUGGACACAUGGCAAAAUUGCACUCAUGGGUGACGCGUGUCAUAAGGCGUUGGUCUGUGGCGGUCAGCCGUUUGUACAGGCUGGAUACGAUGCCGUAAAUUUGGCGAAUCUAUUUUACGCCUAUUCUCGGUUGGUGGACCAAAAUGCCUCUGAUACCACCGCUUCUGGUGCUUUGACUGCAACCUCUUCAUGUCCUUUAGAGGAUCUUGCAGUCAGACUCCGAUCCUACGAAAGCGACCGCCGAUCUGAUGCCCUGAAAGCUGUCCAAGGCUCUCAUGUAUUCGGAAAAAUUAUGAGUCGACAGGGCUGGACAGGAACGAUGUUGCGGUAUAUAUUCUUGAACUAUGUACCCCAGUUUCUAGUCAAUUCUAUCAUUGGCGAUCGAUUGAACAGCGAUCGAGCUCAAGCAUGCUUUUUACCCAGUGUUACUAUGACCAAUCUAGACUGAAAUUACUUGCAUACAUAGAAUAGCCCUCACGUAGUUUAUUUCAAGCUUCAACAGUUACCGCCGCAUUCAAACGAAAAGCAAAUCAAACGUUUGUGUAGCAACAUGUUUCUUCGGCUGACUGAUUGUUUAUUAGACGUUUGAGAAACAAGCACAAUGAGCUCAUACCCGAUGUAUCCAUAAUUUACAAUGGAAGCAAAGGAAAAAGGUUAUGAGACCCUGCAAGCCAAACAAUAGGACCAUAAAUGUUGUCAACAAAU